CGCUAUGGGGGACGACGACAGUGGGGGACAAUGGGACCCCCCCCGGGUGACACAGGAUCGGUACCGGCGGGAGUUGGAGGAGGAGCUUCGGGACCUCAAUAACCAGGUGGCAGCGCUGGGGCGGAGCCUGGCCCUGGAGCGUGGGCGGAGCCUGGCGGCGGGAGGGGCUCUGCGGGCACUGGAGAUAGCGGUGGGCGGAGCCGAGGCCCGGGUGGGCGGGGCCUGUCGGGCACGUGACCGAGCCCUGGAGCGCCUGCGCCUGCAGCAGGAGGCGGGGCAGCAGCUGUGGGCGGAGCUCGAGGCCGCGCGCACCGCCCGGACGGGGGCGGAGCUUCGGGCACAGGAGGCGGAGACGCGGCGUCGCGCCAAAGAGGCGGAGCUUCAGCAGCUGCGGCAGGCCGUGGCUGCCGCGCAGCGCUCGAGGCGUCGAGCGGAGGAGGAGCGCGAUGAGUUCGCUGCUCGCGUGUGCCGUGACCCCCACCCGCCGUGCCGAGCCCUCCCGGACCCCGCGGGGCUGCGGGCGGCGUUGGUGGAGCUGCGGGAGCACAACCGAGAGCUGCAGCAGCGCCUGCAGCAGCGCCUCAGCCAGGCUGAGGAGCUGCGGCGGGCGCUGGCGGCGGCGGGGACGCGGGCGCAGGAUGCGGCCAGGGCUCAGGCCCGCUUGCAGGAGGAGCAGCGGGUGCUGCGGGGGCGGCUGCAGCACCCAUGGGUGCCCACGGGCCCCGCCGAGGCCGCGCUCCGCGCCCGCUGCCUCCACCUCCAGGAGCUCCUGCACCGCGAGGCUGGGGCGCGGGUGGCGCUGGCGCGGGCGGCGCGGGUGACGGGGCGGCGCCUGCGGCUGAUGGCGGCCGAGGCCGAGGAGCAGCGCCUGCGGGGGGAGCGCCACCGCCGGCAGGCGGAGGCGGUGGAGGCGUCGGCGGUGGCUCUGGGGCAGCGCGUGGCGGCGGUGGCGUUGGGGACGGCGCGGGAGGAGGCGCAGCGGCAGCGGCUGCAGAGAGCGCUCGACGCCCUCGGGGACGGCGCCGCCCACACCGCGCGGCGCGUGGCGGCUCUGCGCGCGCGCCUCAGGUGUGACCCUCUGACACUGACCCGCACGGUGCGACGGAUGCUGCGAGAGGAGGAGGAGGACGAGGACGAGGACGAAGACGAAGAUGGGGACACCGUGACCCCAACUUGGACCCUCCUGGAGAUCCCCUCCGGCUCCGGGGGGGACCCCAAAACCACCCCCAAAGAGUCCUGUGAAAAGGAAACGCUGAAAGAGGGGGACCCCAAAAGCAGCUCCUGUUCUGGGGGGAGCCUUGAAACCGCCUCCAGUUCGGGGGGGGAGCCUUGAAACCGCCCCCAUCCCCGGGAGGAGCCCCAAAACUGCCCUCAGCGCUGAUGGGGGGUCCCCAAAACCACUUCCAUUCCCUGUAGGAGCCCCAAAACUGCUCUCAGCUCUGGUGGAGGGUCCCCAAAACCACCCCCAUGCCCUGGAGGAGCCCCCAAACUGCCCUCAGCGCCAGUGGGGGGUCCCCAAAACCGCCCCCAUUCCCUGGAGGAGCCCCCAAACUGCCCUCAGCGCCGGUGGGGGGUCCCCAAAAUCACUCCCAUCCCCUGUAGGAGUCCCCAAAGUGCC